AAUUAAAAAUUAGUAAAAACACAAAAAGUCCAAACAGUUCGAACUUGGAGUGAGUAAACUUUGGCAGUGGCCGCUUGGCGCUUCAAGGAGACAGUGGCAUUCAGGGGUUUUCCGGUGGCAGUUGAAGAACAUGAGAAACUGCUCUCUUUUAUGCUGAAAGUGAAUUCGAAUUCAAACCAGGAGUAGCUUUCUAAAUCUUAACUGUAAACAAGUUCCAAUUCAAUGGAGGAGCGUUUGAAAUGGGUAACUUUAAUCGGCGCCGGUGCAUUCAUAGGCUCCAUUUCUACUCUUACUCUUCUCAAGCUUCUUCAUAGAAGGGUUGAAGAUAAAUGCUGCAGUUUGAAGACAGUAAAAUUCGAUGACAAACAAUUAAUCCUUGAGGAAGAUCGAGAUGGAUGCUAUAUGCAUAGGAUGGAAAGUCAAGUAAUUCCUGAUCUUUUGCAAGAUGAGAUAGUCUCUGAGCAACUAACAAGGAACAUUCAAUUCUUUGGUCUAGAUAGCCAGCAGAAAGUUACAAAAUCUUUCGUAGUGGUGAUUGGUCUUGGAGGCGUGGGGAGUCAUGCUGCAUCCAUGCUUUUGAGAUCUGGAGUUGGAAGGCUACUGCUUGUGGAUUUUGAUCAGGUCUCACUUUCAUCACUCAACCGACAUGCAGUUGCAUCACGUGAGGAUGUUGGCAUGCCAAAAGCUCUAUGUCUCAAGAAGCAUUUUUCAAAAAUUUUUCCAGAGUGCCAGGUUGAUGCUCAAGUGAUUUUGUACGACUUAUCCUCUGAAGAAAAGAUAUUAUCAGGCAACCCAGAUUUUGUUUUGGAUUGCAUUGACAACAUAGAUACAAAGGUAGCGUUGCUUGCUGCAUGUACUCGUCGGGGAUUAAAAGUUUUAUCUGCUACAGGCGCAGGUGCUAGAGCUGAUCCAACUCGAAUUCGUGUGGCUGAUUUGAGAGAAUCAACUAAUGACCCUCUUUCACGAGCUGUUCGGCAUCGAUUAAAGAGAGACUACGGUAUUGAAGGUGGAAUCCCUGUGGUUUUUUCCUUGGAAAAGCCUAAAGUGAAAUUGCUUCCGUUUAAGGGUCUGAGCGGAGAAGAGGAAAACCCUACUGAUUACCAGGUUGUACCAGGGUUUAGGGUUCGAAUUAUACCUGUUCUAGGAUCCGUUCCUGCAAUUUUUGGGCAGAUUAUGGCCUCAUAUGUUGUCACAAAGCUAGCAGGUCUGCAAAUUGAUACAGAGCCAAUAGUUAGUUUUGAUAUGGAUCACUAUCAAGUCCUUCAUCAACGCCUGAUUGAGCAUGAAGAAGUAGUUUAUGGUACUGCUUCUGAAGUACAGGUAGAUGUUGAAGAAGUGAGGUAUGUUGCAAAAGAGUUAUGGCAUGGAAGAAGUGCUAAAGAUGAGUCUCCUAAAGAUGUGGGACGUGCAAUGUGGCGAUCAAUUAAUGAAAUGAUGCUCGUCAGAUGGGAUCGCUCAAAGCCUGCAUCUGUUUCGAACUUGAUUCUUUUAAAGUUUGACGAGGUGGAUGAGCAUGAAUCGAUGACACUUGAUGAAAUCAAAGAAAAGGAUCCCGAGUUUUUCCAACGAGUGUCAAAUGUUCUUAAAAGAGCGAUUCUCGAUUUUAGCUUGUAGCUGCAUUCUCCUUCAACUCCGAAUUCAGAAAUUCUGUCUAACAAAGAGUUCAGCUUAUGCAAAGCAAAAAUUCGAGUUUGUUUCACGGAGACCAUUCAGAUAAGUCUUUAAAAGCUCGUUUUUCAAAGAAUUACGGGGAUUACCACAUUCUUUCGGAAGGUAGUCAAGGAGGAGCUAACCCCUCAACAAAAAAGUGAAAAUUCAUUUCAAUUUGCAAAUUUGUCAUGCUAUACGCUAUACUUAAGCAUACAUGAAGAACGAAGUUGCAACAUAGUGUAGAGUAUAUAUUAUAGACUAUGGCCUUAUGGCAUUGUUUAGCUGAAAUCGGAGAAUAUUGUGUUUUCUUUCCGGAGGAAGUCUAUAUAAGAAAAAAAAAAUGUCGUUCUUAUUUGUUCUUUUUUAGAAAUAUCGUCAUUUAAUUUGAAAAUUUCACCCCAUUUGCAAUUGCGCUUUGGAUCGAACAUACCCAUAUUAUGUUUGGACCAAGUACUAAAGACAAAUUGGGUACUUGGUCCAUGGUGUGACGCAACAAAUUUGCGUUUGGUGCAUUGCUAGUAUGUUCCUAGUUCGCUUUUGGACCUUUAUCUAAAGAAAUGAGUGUAUUUCAUGGCUUUUGGAUAUAAAGUUUUU